AUGGCGCCUCCUCUAACAAUUCCAGCAGGUUCUCCACGCUUCGACUUUGGCCCCCACAGUCUGGAUGAACGGACGCGCAAGGCCUUGGAGGCCUUUGAGAACGCGGUCCGGCCUGCUGGUUUAGCGGCAGGUGGCAGCGAUGGCGAGAAGGUCAGAGCCAGAAGCACAAAGUUGCUGGACAAAGAGUGCCGGGCUUUGGUGAAUGCUGGGGAGCAGCUGGUGGCGGCCGUGGCCAAGCUCGGGGACUGUCCCAUGCUGGUGAUGCUCCUGCAGAAGCUUCCGCGUUUACUGGCCCGGCAGGCCGUGAUGAUUGCCCUGGCGGAUGUGAUGCCGGAGCUGAUCGACCGGGAGUGUCUCAAGACGCAGGCACUUCGGCGAAGAAGUGGUCGACAAAAACUGAUGGGUCUCCGGGUAUGA